CUCGUCCCUCCUCCUCCUCCUCGCGUUAGUUCCGGUCACAGAGGAGACACCGCCGCAGUUGCCGCCACAUCGGGGAUUUCUGGCUCUUUUCUCUUCGCCUUAAAUUCGGGUGUCUUUUAUGAAUAAUCAAAAGCAGCAAAAGCCAACGCUAUCAGGCCAGCGUUUUAAAACCAGGAAAAGAGAUGAAAAAGAGAGGUUUGACCCUACUCAAUUUCAAGACUGUAUUAUUCAAGGCUUAACUGAAACUGGUACUGAUUUGGAAGCAGUAGCGAAAUUUCUUGAUGCCUCUGGAGCAAAACUUGAUUACCGCCGAUAUGCAGAAACACUCUUCGACAUUCUGGUGGCCGGUGGAAUGCUGGCCCCAGGUGGUACACUGGCAGAUGACAUGAUGCGUACAGAUGUCUGCGUGUUCGCAGCUCAAGAAGAUCUAGAGACCAUGCAAGCAUUUGCUCAGGUUUUUAACAAGUUAAUCAGGCGCUACAAAUACCUGGAGAAAGGUUUUGAAGAUGAAGUAAAAAAGCUGCUGCUUUUCUUAAAGGGUUUUUCAGAGUCGGAGAGGAACAAGCUGGCUAUGUUGACUGGUGUUCUUCUGGCUAAUGGGACACUUAAUGCAUCCAUUCUUAAUAGCCUUUACAAUGAGAAUUUGGUUAAAGAAGGGGUUUCAGCAGCUUUCGCUGUAAAGCUCUUUAAAUCAUGGAUAAAUGAAAAAGAUAUCAAUGCAGUAGCUGCAAGUCUUCGGAAAGUCAGCAUGGACAACAGACUGAUGGAACUCUUUCCUGCCAAUAAGCAAAGCGUUGAACACUUCACGAAGUAUUUUACUGAGGCAGGCUUGAAAGAACUUUCAGAAUAUGUUCGGAAUCAGCAAACCAUAGGAGCUCGUAAAGAGCUCCAGAAAGAACUUCAAGAACAGAUGUCUCGUGGUGAUCCAUUUAAGGAUAUCAUUUUGUACGUCAAGGAAGAGAUGAAAAAAAACAACAUCCCGGAACCAGUUGUCAUUGGAAUAGUCUGGUCAAGUGUAAUGAGCACUGUGGAGUGGAACAAAAAAGAGGAGCUUGUAGCGGAGCAAGCCAUCAAGCACUUGAAGCAAUACAGCCCUCUACUUGCUGCCUUCACUACUCAAGGUCAGUCUGAGCUGACUCUGCUACUGAAGAUUCAGGAGUACUGCUAUGACAACAUUCACUUCAUGAAAGCCUUCCAGAAAAUCGUGGUGCUUUUUUAUAAAGCGGAAGUCCUGAGUGAAGAGCCCAUUCUGAAGUGGUAUAAAGAUGCACAUGUUGCAAAGGGGAAAAGUGUCUUCCUUGAGCAAAUGAAAAAGUUUGUAGAAUGGCUCAAAAAUGCCGAAGAAGAAUCUGAGUCUGAAGCUGAAGAAGGUGACUGAAUUUUGAAAACCACACCCUCAGUAAAGCAAACAGGAGUUGUAGAUAAAAUGUCAUGUCUCAUGUGUCCUGGUUCUUACAUCUUCCUACCUCCCUAUAUCAAGCAUGAUAUAAGGGCUUUCAUGGCAAAUUUUAUUUUUAAUUGUUUCUAUGGUUACUAGAAAUGUUGGGUUUAGUUUCUAAAACCAUGUUUUAAGUAGCUACAGGAGCUAUAGAUUUGAAUCUAAUGUUGCAUUAGUCUUUUCAGUUAUCUUCUACCUCCUGUAUUUUCUACUGUAAUAAUGUAAUUUAAGGCCUUCCACAAUGAACAGUUCACUUUAUUCCCUGGGUUUUCUAUAUAAACAGUUUUCAAUAUGAUUUGGUUAAUAAUUUGUUAUAAAAUUCUGUUUGCAAAUUAAACUGUAAAAGUAUCCAAAGUCUCAAAAAGCAAUGAUUUGUGUGAUAAUUUGUUCUGCCCAGAGCCCUACUCAUCAAUGAAAAUUUCAUCUCUGAUAAUUGAAUUCAUUGACGUGAUUCAUGAGUAUUUGGAUUGUUGCAUGUUAACAUUUUCUUGCAGUUUUAACCCUAGAUGUCCUUAAGCUCAGUUGUUUGCUGUUGGUUUACAUCCUUAGUGAAGCCAUGAGAAGCAAACUUCUCAAGUUUGAGAGAUCUUAUGUGGCAGAGGUGGUGGGAAGAAAAAUGUUGAGCUUCUUCCGUUUGGGAAACUUCUGCAUUCAGUUUGUCUGUAUCUUUCUAGGCAAAAGAUGGAUAUUCUUUUCAUACGGGCAUUUUCAAGUGUAACUUAUAGAAGUCUUGUUGUUUAAAAUAUUCUGUGCUCAGAAUACACUUAGAUAGAAAAAGACUUGUAAAAUCUACGAGUAAAGGAAAUGAUUGAUGUACUAAACCUGGUGAAAAUGUUAGAGCUCAGCAUGUUUGAAUUGAUCUGAUCUAAAUGUAAUUUACAUUCCCUAUUGGCUUAAAGUAUUUGUAAAGAGUUAGUGCAGUGACAAUUCUGUAUUCCCACUUAGUCAUACUGGACUGGCUUCAUUUUCUUAACACACUUGUAAUUGCUCUAGCAUCUGGCUAGUAACAUAACUCAGAUGCUGUUUUUUAAUUGCCAUGAGCCAAAUAUUCUAUACAGUUGAUCUGUUUAUUUUAAUGGCUGCCUUUUAAUUAUCUUUCUUUUCUUGCUGCUACCCAUUUAUGUAUGUACUCAUUAGGACUCAUGGUGGGGGGGUUGUAGUUACCCUUUUUUUUUUUUCCAGUGGAAAGACUGUGUUAAAAGUGAACAUUUUGAAGAUUUUUCAAUUGGUGAAAGAUACUAACGUGGUUUAAGGCCACCAGAAACUGAGUGGAGAUUACCCCUUUGGAAGGUGCCAUUCUUAUGAGCCAAGCAUUUGGUGUUUAAAAAUUCAUCUUGAAGGAAGAACAUGUAAUAUACUUUGAAAUAAAAGUUUAGUGACCUUAAGAGCAUUAUAACUGAUAACAUUGUGAAUGGGGUGAAGUUGUUAAAUGAAUAACUUUCAUAGUUUUCAUGCACAGGCAAAAUGUAUUCACUAGAUUUCUACAUAGUAAUCUGCUUUUACUUUGUAAUUUGUAGUCCUCAAAAGACUUAUUUUUUUUUUUUAAUAAAGUCCAUCCUUACACUUA